AUGCUUAUUGCUAUGUUUAGUAAAGUAACCCACAGAUUAACAUAUCUUCUGUAAUUUGAUAUUAAGAAGUAAACAACAACUUAAAAUGUUAGCUAUGCUAUCUAUCCAAUUAAGAGUUCAUAGUUUUUCUCUGAUAUCGUAAUUACUAAAUUAGGAAAAGUUAUCAGUAGAAGAUAAAGUCUUUGUACUUUUAAGAAAAUUGAGCAAUUAGUCUGA